AUGGUUUUCCCGGCAGAAGUGCGGAUGGUUGAGCUGAAGUCACUGCAGAUGCUGGCUUUGGGACAGGAAGACCAUUCCUCCAGCCACAAAGGGGGCAGCGGCGAGCAGCCAAAGUCGGUGGGCGUCCUGGAGGGGCAGGGCCUCUCGCCUCUGGGCCGCUGGAUGCUGCAGACCAGGAGCCGUGCGGCCAACGCCACGGGGCUGGAGCUGCCGUACCGGCCCCCCGCGCCCCCCCUGCCUCUCUCCAAGCAGGACUUCUGGGACACGCUGGGAGGAGACUCGCGGCCGGACGGCGGCGGAGGCACCUCGCGCUCCAAGCGCCACCCCAUCGUCAAGACCGGGAAGUUCAAGAAGAUGUUCGGCUGGGGCGACUUCUACUCCAACAUCAAGACGGUGCGGCUCAACCUGCUGAUCACCGGGAAGAUCGUGGACCACGGCAACGGCACCUUCAGCGUCUACUUCCGCCACAACUCCACGGGCCAGGGGAACAUCUCCGUCAGCCUGGUGCCGCCCGUCAAAGCGGUGGAGUUCGACCUGGAGCGGCAGAGCGUGGUCUACCCCAAGGACUCGAAGAUUUUCAACUGCCGGGUGGACUACGAGAAGGUAGACCGCAACAAGAAGACCUCGCUGUGCAACUACGACCCGUCCAAGACCUGCUUCCAGGAGCAGACCCAAAGCCACGUCUCCUGGAUCUGCUCCAAGCCCUUCAAGGUCAUCUGCAUCUACAUCUCCUUCUACAGCACGGACUACCGCCUGGUCCAGAAGGUCUGCCCCGACUACAACUACCACAACGAGAUGCCCUACCUGCCCUCGGGGUAGGCGCAGA